AUGUGGUCUGACUCGCAACGCGAUCUGUCAAAACAGCCACUGCUACUAAAUAAUGACAGUGGCGAGCUUGGCGCUACGUUGAGCAGCUCAUCUUCGAUGAAGUCAAUGUCCAACAUCAAUACACCAUCUUCAUCCAACAACAACAGUAUGAACUAUGGCAGUGGAUUAUAUUCUCGCAAACAGCCUAUCAAGCGUCAGUACAAGUGCAAUGACCUGUUGUUCCUCUUCCUCUUUCUCGGUCUACUGGGCUCAAUGGCCUGGGUGUCAGCUAUAGCCUACACACGUGGCGACCCAUCAUUGCUCGUCCAGAACAACACAUUGGCCAAUGGAACAUUGCCCGACCCCAAUUGGGACAAUGGCAACAGAUUUUUCUACACAGUGUCCGAGUACGUCAGUGAGAUGCAGGAGAACCGUUACUGUCUACUCUACUCGGUGAUCGUUGCCUUCUUCAUUUCAGACAUCUGGAUCGAGUUGCUCAAACGAUUCACUCGCAAAGUAAUCUAUGUCACCAUCGUCCUUGGCGUGAUCAUUCUUCUCACUCUUGGUACAUUCUUCAUCGUUGCUGGAUCAAUUCAAAACAGUCGAGGAUCAAUCAUAUUUGGUGGAGUAGUUACAGCCUUCUCGGUACUGUUCACAAUCAUAUUGUACCUGAUGAGGAGGAGCAUUCGUUUGACUGUGGCCACUUUUGCAGAGAGUUGCCGUGGCGUUCGUCAAAGUCGCUCGGUAUUCUUUGCCGUGACAUUGGUCGUGUUGAUAUUCCUUGCCUUCCUGUUCUACUGGACCACUACAUUGAUCUAUUUGUUCAGUAUCCCAGAUAAGAGCAACCUGAAGUUGGAGGAUGGUGAUGGUGAUCACCACCGCAUCCCACUUCACACUGUUGACUUUGACACCAAGAUCAGGUAUCUCUUCACCAUCAUGUCCUUUGGAUUCUACUGGACCUCUUCAUUCCUUGGUGCUGUAUCACAGUUUGCCAUCGCUGGAGCCAUCUCACGUUGGUACUUCUCCCGUGGACCAACUGGAAAGUCCGAGGUUGGAUCACGCAAUGCUCUGGCCUCGUUAUCAUUGGCCUUUUCACUCUCGAUGGGUAGCAUUGCAUUCGGAAGUCUAAUGAUUGGAUGGGUUGAGACAUUGGCAUUCUUAUUGAGAUUGGUCCAAAGGAUCAAGUCUGAGAAGAAGUGGGUACAGUCCAUUCUCAAGUGCCUUCACUAUGUCUUUGGUUGUCUGGCUGCCAUUGCCAAAUGGGCCAAUACCUAUGGCUAUGCAUACAUGUCCAUGCAUGGAUACAGCUACUGUCAAUCGACCAAGGCAUGCUACAACGUCAUCGCAAGGAACUUCUUUACAUCGAUAUUGAUGAACUUUAUCGGUUGGUUCGUCUUGCUACUUGGAAAGGUACUCGUGAUGGCCAUCUCAUCGCUGGUGGCUGGCAUCGUACUGUACGCCACGCAGAAGAAUCUGAGCGAGAACAUGUUGACCAUACUCUUAUCAGCGAUCUUUGCCUACUGCAUUGCCAACAUGUUCUCACACAUCAUUGGUGUGAGCAACGACACGAUCUUUGUUUGCUACCUUGAGGACCUUGAGAUCAAUGGUGCCGAGAACAUCCUCAUCAGCAAGGAUCUACAUGAGUUACUACAAGAGAACAAGACCUCAAUUAACAAGCCCAAGGAUAUGGAGCUUACCAGGUCAAAGUGA